GAGUGAACAGCUGUUGGUGGCACGGCUGUUUGGACUUGGAGAAAACCAGUGAGCUGCCUACCUAUAGACCGCCUCUUUGGAGGAACAGCCGACAGUUAAUUCAGUGGUGGACCAUUGGAAAUAAUUUUAAAUUGUAUUAGCUAGCUCUCACGCCUGCUGCAGUUUCUAACUGACAUGCCGGUGUUUGUGGAAGACCCCGCUCAGUUCUCCAAAGAGAGACUCAAGUCGGAGCUGACAGCGCAUAAUGUGGAGUUGCCCCCAGCGGAGAGCAAGAAACACGUAUAUGUGGAGCUAUAUCUGAAAUACGUGAAGAAAAACAGCACUGAUUUCUCUAGUGAUGAAGAGGAGGAUCACCUUAAUGACAGCUCAGAGGAAGAGAGAGAAGAGUCAUUAGUCAUGGCAGACCUGGGCUUACUGACUGAUGAUCAGCUGAAAGCCAAACUGCUCCAGUAUGGAUUCAAAACUGGACCCAUUGUAGCUUCCACUAGAGCCUUAUAUGAAAAGAAGCUACACAUGCUGAUGGACUCUCCAGCACAGGCAUCACUGCAAAGGGUUAAUGGCACAGCUGAUGGAGGCCAGUACUCUGACAGCGAGGAAGAGGAGGAUAAGGAAUCUGAGUCUGAGAUUCUUCCUGAAAUGGUGUCCAAGACUGAGAAUGAGACCAGCAAAACGACUAGCAGACUGGGGAGGUUCUGUCAGAGCAGAGAUUUUUAUCCACAGUGCUUUGUACCCUCUGGCGGAAUGGGAAAGACUCAGCACAAGUCAUCCGACAGCAGCCAAAAUGGGUCUUUGGUUCAAACUGGGUCACCGUACAGGUCCUUCAGCAUCUCCCAGAUGGUGGAAGAGGGGAGUAUUGAGAACAGAUUCAGUCCUCAGUCACAACACACAGAGAUUGAGAGGAGAUCCAGUCAGAGAACUGAGCUUACGGUGGACAGCAGAGCCCUGCGGAACUUCAUGAGGCUGGACAAAAACACCAUGACUGGCAGAUCUCUGUGUUUAACACCUCAAUCACCCCAUCAGAAACAAACUGUCACAGAACCUGCAACCGAUGUUCUUACAGAGAUGUUCGCUGGCACUGUCAAAACUCCCACUGGAAUCUACGCCACGAAGAGACGGCCUAUAAAGGGAGCCGCAGGCCGUCCUGUGCAGUUUAAAUACCAAGAUUUGCCACUACUGAGUCCCACUACACUGGAAAGGCAGGAGAUUCAACAGCACCUGGUGCCUUUGUGGGUUCAGACCGUGGUUUUUCUACUGGUGGUGUGUCUGUUCUGCCUCAUCUACUUGUACAUGAAAAAGCCACUCUUCAAUCCGUUUACUGCUCUGCUGGAUGGUCUACAUGAAGAACCUGCUUUCAUAUCCAACUCGCAGGCCACUCCCGCAACUGAUGCUCCAGCUUAGGUUAACUAUACUGAGAAGAUACUGAUGCUUUAAGAAGUUAUGGAAAGAUCAGUUCCUUCUAGUUCAUCUCAGGUUCUAUUCAGCUAAGCGUCCUCUCUUCUGGAUUUUAACUUCUAAAUUCAUCUCUGUUAGAAAAACUGUGUGUAAUUGCGUUUACGAAACUUCCUGCUUAAGAUAAUCAUCCUUGUGAACUGGUCUCAGGAAACUUGGUAUCAUUAGUCUUCAUGAAAUUAAAGGAGCACUAUAUCAUAGCAUCACUCAGAUGCAGCAUUUUUCUUACCACAUACAUUGUGUAUGUUGUUGUAAGUAGUACUGUGCAUGGAGUGUAUGUUUUGCCUGGUUGAUCUUUUACCAGAUAUAUGUAUUUUAUACAGGUUGUUUUCCCCAUUUGAAAGUUGUUUGGGUUAUAUGUACUGAUGUGUUCAUUCAACCUGGAAAACUUACUGAACUCUUGAUGGAACAUUGAAUUCAAUUUUAAAAAUUGUGUACUGGGUUUAUUUGUGAAUAAAUACAUUUAAGAUUAAG